AUGCCCGCCCCGGGCGACCAGCACAGCACCUGGGAGAAUCCCUUCGAGGAGCCCCAGAAGCGCAUGAGCGAGUACACGGCCCAGGAGAUCGCCACCCUCCAGAGCCGCCUCGAGAAGCAGCUCGGCCCCGAGUACAUCUCCGCGCGCGCCGGCCCCUCGGGCCAGAAGGUGCACUACAUCGCCGCCGAGAAGUGCAUCGCGCUCGCCAACGAGGUGUUCGGCUUCAACGGCUGGUCCUCGUCCAUCCAGAACAUCCAGGUCGACUUCGUCGACGAGCACCCGCAGACCAUGAAGAUCAGCCUCGGCCUGUCCGUCAUCAUGCGCGUCACGCUGCGCGACGGCACGUACCACGAGGACAUUGGCUACGGGCACAUUGAGAACUGCAAGGGAAAGGCGGCGGCGUUCGAGAAGGCCAAGAAGGAGGGCACGACGGACGCGCUGAAGAGGGCGCUGAGGAACUUUGGCAACGUGCUGGGCAACUGCAUAUACGACAAGGACUACCUGUCCAAGGUGACCAAGAUGAAGGUCGCGCCGACAAAGUUCAACGAGGGCGAGCUACACAGGCACUCGGACUUUGCAGCCAAGAAGGAGGAGAAGGCUGCCUUGCCGCCGCCGCCGCCGGUCGUUAAGCAGGAGACGACGGCGGAUUCGCUCGAGGAUCUUUUGGAAGACUUUGAUGAGGCAGACUUCGCGGUUGUUGAGGGCGAGCAUCCAGACGAAGUAGUUCUCCCACCAGCAGUAAACAACACAGCAAACAGCAGAGCUGCGAGCGUCGCGCCAGCACCACCCGUACCUCAGCACAUGCAGACAUCCAACAACAGACCUCUGGGCAGGAGCACAUCAGCAGGAAACCUAGGCCGAGCUCCCCAGACACCAAACCAAGCACACUCACGUCCCCAACCGCAAGCAGCCUACGGAAACCGCCCUCAACCACCUAACCAACCACGCGCACCCACGAAUCCUACCGCCCCGUCAGCUCCAGCAGCCCCGCCGGCGAAUGGCAACAUGACGACCCCAGGCGGCGGCGGCGGCGGUGCCAACCCCGCCGAGCCAAUAGCCUUCUUCUCCGCACGUGCCGUACAGCAAAUCCCCGAUUCUGCUCUGCAGGGGAACAACACUGACGCUCCUCUCAUGAUGCCAGCCGGGCAACAAGCCUUCAAUCCCAAGGCAGAGAGCCCAUCCAUACGCAAAACCCCCGGCAUAGACCACAACUCCUCGAAGCCCCUUUCACGCAACGGCACGCACGUUCCGCCCACCUCAACACAGCAAGCAGAGACGCCAGCAAAGGGAUCCGGAUUCACGCCUGUUAGGCCCGCUGGUGCCGGCCCGGCGCCGAAUCCGCAGUUCAGUCAGGCCCGACGUAUCGGUGCCCCCGGUGGCGCGGGUAGUCCCCUCGCCAAUCGUGGCUCAUACAGGCCGCCGACGAUGAAGAGGCCGCUUCAGCAGGAUGGUGGGGCCGGACGCCCUGCUCUGGCGGACGUGUCGAAUAAUGGCGGUGUUAGCACGGCGUCUGGUGGCGGGCCUGGGCUUGAUCCCAAGCGCCAGAAGAUGUCAUAG